CUGGUAUGCUGUGGUGAAGAAGCCCGCGGUCAACAUGAAGACGAGACCAGCCGGAUCUGGGGGCCAUGCGGACUGGAUGGGCUCUCUGUGUCCUGCUCUCACAUCUCUGCCUCUUAAGUAUCUAGCAGUGCCAGGAUCCCACGACUCCUUCAGCUUUUGGAUGGAUGAACAGGCUCCGGUCGCUCCAGAUCAGAAGCCAGCCGUCAGGCGCCUGGCUACGGUGUUCCGCCUCCUGGCCAGGAAGGUGAUGAAGAAGUGGUCUGUGACCCAGAACCUCACCUUCCGCGAACAGCUGGAGGGAGGCAUCCGCUACUUUGACCUCCGUGUCUCGUCCAGGCCGGGUGAGGACAGUCACGAGGUCUACUUCAUCCACGGUCUGUUCGGUCACAAGGUGCGCGACGGCCUCGCCGACAUCGACGCCUUCCUGGAUUCCCACCACAAGGAGGUUGUUUUCCUGGACUUCAACCACCACUACGCCAUGGAGGAAGCCCACCACCACUAUCUCCUCUGCAUGCUGACGGAGGUGUUUGGGUCCAAGCUCUGCAGGACCAGUGUGGUGGAGGACAUCACUCUGGACUAUCUCUGGGACAGGAAGUUUCAGGUCCUGGUGUUUUAUCAUCACCUUUGGGCUGAGGGCAGCCCCCUCAUGUGGCCGGGGGCCAAGAUAGCGGCCCCGUGGGCCAACACCACUGACACGGCCAAGCUCAUCCAGUUCCUGGAGACCACGCUGGGCGAGCGGCCCAAGCACGGCACGUUCCACGUGUCCCAGGCCGUCCUCACGCCCUGCCUCAGCACCGUCAUCAGGGGCCUGCUCGGGGGUCUGCGCAAGUACCUGGUGGAGAAGAACCUGCCGACCAUAAUGACAUGGGUGGAAGCACAGAAACCAGGUGUGAGUGGUGUGAACAUUAUCACGUCAGACUUCGUGGAGCUGGUGGACUUUGCUAACACUGUGAUCCGGCUCAAUGACCUCCUCCUCUCCAAACGGGCAGUCACAUGA